AGUCUCUACUUUGUGCGCAUGGGCAGAGAAACUACCGCUUGUUAUUAUUGUAAGAAUAAUUCCUCUUAUGAAAAUGGCGUCGAGUCAGGGAGGUGUGGGAGCUGUAACUGCUCUUCCAAACCAUCACUUAUCCAACGGACCUCACUGGAACCCGGGGAUCAACCAGCAUCAGCUCCACACGGCCCGGAGUUUAGACCGCGCUCUGGAGGAUGCUGUGUGCUCAGGGACGUUGAAUCUUAGCGGGAGGAAGCUGAGAGACUACCCUGGACUGUGCUAUGAUCUUACUGAUACAACGCAGGCAGAUCUGUCGAAGAACAGGCUCACAGAAAUUCCCCCAGAGGUGUGUCUGUUCGCCCCACUCGAGUCCCUCAACCUAUACCACAACUGCAUCAAAUGCAUCCCAGAAACCAUCAUCAACUUGCAGAUGCUGACCUAUCUCAACAUCAGCCGGAACCUUCUCUCAACAUUGCCAAAAUACCUGUUUAGCCUCCCCCUCAAAGUGCUGGUGGUGAGCAACAACAAGCUAGUGUCCAUCCCAGAGGAAAUUGGGAAGGCCAAAGAGCUGAUGGAGUUGGACAUCAGCUGUAAUGAGAUCCAGGUGCUGCCCCCUCAGGUGGGGAGGCUCCAGGCCUUACGGGAACUCAACAUCAGGAGGAACUGUCUUCACAUGCUGCCUGAGGAGUUGGCGGACCUGCCACUCACCAGACUAGACUUCUCCUGCAAUAAGAUCACAGAGAUCCCUCCUGUCUACAGGAGACUCAGGCAGCUGCAGCACAUCAUCCUCGACAACAACCCUAUGCAGUCCCCACCUGCACAGAUCUGCCUGAAGGGCAAGGUGCACAUCUUUAAGUACCUGAACAUCCAAACAUGUAGGUUGAAUAAGAAGCCUGACUCUCUGGACCUCCCCUCCCUGGGCAAACGCUGCCUUCCCCAGCCUCUGACCGACAGCAUGGAGGAUUUUUACCCCAGUAAGAACCACGGUCCUGACUCUGGUAUCGGCAGUGACAACGGGGAUAAAAGACUGUCUACGACGGAGCCUUCUGACGAUGACACCAUCAGCCUGCACUCUCAGGUCUCAGAGACGGCCCGCGCCGACGCGCUCUCUCUCCUCUCCAAGAUGGACUCAGGCAAAGAUCAGGAACCCUAUGACUUCAUCGAGCCCAACCCAGAGGAGGAUGCUGCCCUGUCAGAGGGGGACGGGCAGCAGAGUGGUGGACCCUACAUCUCCUGUAUAAAGGAAUUGGAGAAGGUUCUUAACAAGUCACACCAAAGCAAAGAUAAGGAAAGCUGGAAAGAGGAGUCUGGCUCUGAUAAAGAUCAGCUAGCUGAGGAGGAGGAAGAGGAGGAGGAGGAGGAAGAGCUGAAGGAGGUGCUGGACCUGAGGAAGAUUGCCGUCCAGCUCCUACAGCAGGAGCAACAGAACAGACGACGAUCCUUAAUUUGUAGAGCAGAGAGUCUAAUUCAUCGAAGGAGGGUUGCCGGCCGUGCACACAGGUUCCUCAGUCACUCUGGCAGCUCCGGCAGCAAACAAAGGUUCCCCUCUCAGGCUAUCCGCAGUGCCUCUCUGGAUGAAGCGAGCAGUGGCACGUCAGUGCUGAGUGGGCAGGACCCUGACUUCACAGACGACGACGACGCUUUCUCUGAGCCCUCCUCUUCAUGCUCCUACGAUGGCAGCCUGAAAUCCGAGUCAGACACGGACCCAAAGUGGCCAGAGGUUCCACCUGUACUCAACCAGAACGAGGAGCGCAGGAGGAACAAGUAUCUGAGGAAAGAUUAUCUGAAGAACAAGUGCCAGAGUGCCCGACGAAACUCCAGUGGGAACGACGAGUGUGAGGAGGUAUUGCGGAAUGCUGAGUUCAGCACCACCCUCACAGUCUUUGGCCUUAAACCAAGAUCAGCUUUUUGCCGAAGCAGCCGCCAGGAGCCGUCUGACCCCAGUUUCACCAUGAGGAGGAAGAUGGAGCACCUGCGGGAGGAGAUGGAGCAGGUUGGCCUCCUACGGCAGAACCUGGAGUCCAGACUGAAGGUCUUGCUGCCGGACGAUGUGGGAGCUGCUCUGAUGGAUGGCGUUGUCUUGUGCCAUCUGGCCAAUCACAUUCGUCCUCGGUCGGUGGCCAGCAUCCAUGUACCCUCGCCCGCAGUGCCAAAGCUUAGCAUGGCCAAGUGCCGCAGGAAUGUGGAAAACUUCCUGGAUGCCUGUAAGAAGCUGGGUGUGCCACAGGACAAGCUGUGUUUGCCCCACCACAUCCUAGAGGAGCGUGGGCUGGUGAAGGUGGGCAUGACCGUCCAGGCUCUACUGGAUCUGCCAGCCUCCAAGCCCACCCAGCUGUCUGCUGUCUAACAGCAGCCUGGACACUGCCUCCACCCUCCCUGUCCAGUCCAGUCAAGCCAUUAACCCCCCCCCCCCCCCCCCCAGCCCUACACCCCACAGAGGAGGGGGCUUCCAGCCCGCUUCGCUCAUCACCAGAGAACCCUUAGGGGCGAGGGCCCGGGGGGUUGCAGGGAGUCCAUUGUCAGCUGAUUGAGCCAGGAGAAGGAGGGGUUCAUUCAGAUCCUCCCACCCUUCCUAUAUGAUGUCAGCUUGGCCCCGCCUCCCAUCCAUCAGAUUGUUAGCUUCUGUCAUGUCCUACCCUCAGGGGACCCUACUGUACUGUGUGUGUAGAGUACCAGUGUGACUGUCUGUGUGACCUGCGCAGUGUGGACUUUAUGAGUGCUGGUGAACAUAAAGCCAGGUCAGACUAAGGAGGGAAUCGCAGUGAAGAUGAAGACCUGUCUGUCACCAUGGUGAUAUUGACUGGCCCAUGGUCAGACACCAUUGAACCUAGUGGUGCCAACACUGAAGUCACUGGGUUUUCAAUUCUCGGUAUUAAAAUACAUUGGUAGUGAAGUGAUAGCUGUUUUAAAGGCAUGUACUCACUCUUUCACUCAGAGAACUUAACUGCAUGCUGGCCCACCAGCCAUACCACAUAACUCAAGUGGUCCUUAACCUCUUUUAAUUUUCUUUUGUAGAACAAAUUAGCAUUCAAAUUGGAUUUUGAGUCAUAUUUGUACAAGAGCGUUGUGUUCUGUCACAGCAUACCUCUGUUUGAUAUCACAGAGGUAAAGCUUGGGAUGUCCUUAACAGUGCUUUACCUCAGAGGAGCCACCAGUAGCUUAACCCCAGUACACACACUUCUUACAGUCUGCAUUUGACUAGAAUUAUUGUACUGUCAAUAACAGUGCUAUUUGGGGGACGAAUGCUAAGUUUACUUUUAAAAGCAUGGUGUCCAUGAUUCAGAUGGAUGUUAAAACUGCCGCACAUUCGGAUAGAGACUUUCUCACCUGCACAAGGUUGCCGAUGGUGUUGGUCUCAUGUCCAGUGACCCAUCUGUCUACUGCUCUGCUGUGGUGAAGGGAGGAUGCUCUGAGGUACUGCAGGUGGUUUUGAUAGCUCACCACACUGUACAGUAUACGAGAGAGCCAUCCCACUGUCACGGGACCUUCUGUCAAAUGCAGACCUAAAGACAUAAGACUACUGUGACUGCAUGUAGCUUUGAUUCGAACCACAUGUUCGUUUUGAAUAGGACUAGUUGAAAGCACAGGGGUAUGUAGUUGGGAUAUUGUACCAUAUACACUUACAAUCCUGAGAUUGUAUCUUUUGGUCAUUUGAUGCAAUGAAACAUUUUAUUUUUUUAUGUUGAAAUAUUUCAUCUUUACGUUUACAACUUGCUCCUCUGGUUGGAUUCACAUCUGCAAAAUGUAAAAUAAGGAAAACAAAAUAAGCAAUUAGGUGAUCCCAUAGAUUAAUCUUGCCAUUUGAAAUAUUUUAUCAGGGAAACUAUUUAUCUAUUUAUUUUUUCUAUUUAUGUGCUUUGUUUGUUUGUGUUUCACCCCUGAUGACCCCCUUAAGUUAUUUGACAGGAGUUUUCAGCUCCAAACUUAUGAUAUUGUCCUGCUUUAAUGCUGCAUUUGUAAAAAUACAAAUAGUGGGAAGUGGUAAUUUACCACCAUAGAGUUAGAUAGAGGACUCUAGAUUGAUUAAAAACCUGUUCUGGCGUUGCCAUUGAGGGCUUCACAAUUUUUAAAGGAGUCAACUGGGUGGGACUUCCUUGUGGGUGAAGGAAGGAUCACAUCAUUCCAUCCGGGUAAUCAGGAGGGAUCAGCCAAUAAAUUAUACUCAUGAGCAAACAUUCCAUAACUCUAGGUGGCAGUAAAUCGCCAUCCUUGGCUUUAUACCUGUUCAAGCAACACACUCUAGAUGGCAGUAUUCACCCUUUCAGUUUGUUUACCAACUCACAGAAGUAGUAGAUUAAGAAAAUUGACAACGCCCUCUAUGGCGCUGCCCGUGCGAUCACAGAGGCCAUAAUGGAACAUGUACAAAGAUCUCUACGUUUACCACAUACGACUAGGAAAAAUACAUUUGAACAGCCCUCCAACUGGUAAUUACUAGUGGAAAACUUGUCUCAUCCUUGAGUGGGAGGUAGGAAUUUACCAGUUGUGAAAUCGUAAAUACCAGUUGGAUGCCUUGGUAGUCUGCCUUGAUCUGGUUGAGAAACCCCCGAUUUGCUAAUAGACAAAAAGCUGUCUCAAACAUUAACUAAAAGUAUAGCUAUCAGGUUUGUAAACAAAUUAUAGUGUUUAAAAACCAUAUUAAUAUAUUAGCAUUUGGGUACGGUUUGUUCUUAGGUGUCUCAAAGUCCGAUUCAAUUAACCUCAAAUUGCAGGAAAUCUAAACCAUUGUUCCUGCUGCGAAUAGUUUCACUUAAAAGGAGUUUCAUUUGGUUUCCAUUUAGUAAUGAUGGUCCUAUUAUUGCAAAUAUCCAUUCUUAACUUCAAAUUUGCUUUUGUGUGGGAUGCAGGAACAAUGGUAUUUCAAAUAACAUUUUAUUAGUCACAUGCACCGAAUACAACAGGUGUAGACCUACAGUGAAAUGCUUACUUACGAGCCCCUAAC